AUGUCACAGGUCAGCACCUUCAUCCUGGUGGGCUUCCCCACGGCCCCGGGGCUGCAGUACCUGCUCUUCCUCCUCUUCCUGCUCACUUACCUCUUUGUCCUGGUGGAGAACCUGGCCGUCGUCCUGUUCAUCUGGAGCAGGCGCCUCCUCCACAGGCCCAUGUACUACUUUCUGAGCUCCAUGUCUUUCCUGGAGAUCUGGUACGUGUCUGACAUCACCCCCAAGAUGCUGGAGGGUUUCCUCCUCCAGCGGAUGCCCCAUCUCUUUCGUGGGUGCAUGGCGCAGCUCUACUUCUUCAGCUCCUGGUGUGCCGAGUGUGUGCUUCUGGCCUCCAUGGCCUCGACCGCUCUGGUGGCCAUCUGCCACCCGCUGCGCUGCGUCCUCGUGACCCCAGGGCUGUGCCUCCAGCUGGGUAGGCCUUCUCCUUGGUGGCCCGGCUUCACCAUCUCCAUGAUCAAGUCUAUUUUAUCUCCAAUCCCGUUCUGUGUCAACGUCUUGAACCACUUCGUUUGUGACAUUUCCCUAUCCUCAAAGCUGGCCUGCACGGCGGACUUCUCCACUGCGGAGCUGGUGGAUUUCAUCCUGGCCUUCAUCAUCCUGGUGUCACUCCUGGCCACCGUGCUGUCAUAUGGGCACAUCACCCUGGCUGUCCUGCGCAUCCCCUUGGCCACCGGCCGCUGGACCUUCUCCACCUGCGCCUCUCACCUCACCGUGGUCACCAUCUUCUACACAGCCUUGCUUUUCAUGUAUGUCGGCCCGGCCAUUGAUUCCCGGAGCUCCAACAAGCUCAUCUCUGUUUUGUACACAGUUGUCACCCCCAUCUUGAACCCCUUGAUAUACUGCCUGAGGGAAUAGGAAUUUAAGAAUGCAGCGAAAAAGCCUCCGGCUUGGCAGAGCUGUGCCAUAGGGCAGGCUUUCUGCCUUUCUGGAACUUCAUCUCGGAAUACACAGCCAGCCUCUCUGUGGAGGCCAUUUGACUGUCUGCAUUAUUGUAGUACCGCAUUCAUUUAA